CACCAUUCAUUGGAACAGGUGUGACAAAGCUCCACCCCUCACCUGAGACAAACCAGGAAACAGGUUGUUAUGCUUCCUCACUACAGAAAGACGCACAAACUGAAAAACAGAUUAUCAGAUUCAACUUCAUGCACCCUAACAACUUUUUAUUGAGUUCAGCUACAGGAGAGGAAAGUGGGAAAACUACAAUACUACAGCUUCAACUUGCUGACACUUCACUCGUGGACACUUCACUCAGAGACAAAAUGGCUUCCAGAUCAGAGGAGGAUCUCUGCUGUCCGGUCUGUCAUGAUAUCUUUAGAGAUCCUGUUAUUUUGUCAUGUAGCCACAGCUUCUGUAAAGACUGCCUGAGGAGCUGGUGGAAACAGAAACAAACACCUGAGUGCCCAGUGUGUAAUAGAAGAUCAUCAAGGGAUGAACCACCGUGUAACCGGGUGUUGAAGAACCUGUGUGAGGACUUCUUGCAGGAGAGAGAUCAGAGAGCUCCAGAGGCUCUCUGCUGUCUGCACUCUGAGAAACUAAAACUCUUCUGUCUGGACCAUCAGCAGCCAGUGUGUGUCGUUUGUAGAGAUUCAGAAAAACACAGCAACCACAGAUUCAGACCCAUCGAUGAAGCUGCACGACAACUCAAGAAGGAACUUCAGGAAACUCUGGAGUCCUUAAAGGAGAAGUUAAAGGUUUCUGAAGAGGUUAAAGUGAAGUUUGAUCAAACAGCAGAACACAUUAAGGUCCAGGACCGACACACAGAGAGGCAGAUUAAGGAGCAGUUUAAGAAGCUUCACCAGUUUCUAGAUGAGGAAGAGGAGGCCAGGAUGGCUGCACUGAGGGAGGAAGAGGAGCAGAAGAGUCAGAUGAUGAAGGAGAAGAUGGAGGCUCUGAGCAGAGAGAUAGCAGCUCUUUCAGACACAGUCAGAGCCACAGAGGAGGAGCUGAGAGCUGAAGACGUCUCAUUCCUGCUCAACUACAAGGCUGCAGUGGAAAGAGUCCAGCAGCGCCCCCUGCUGGAUGAUCCACAGCUGCCCUCAGGAGCUCUGAUAGACCAGGCCAAACACCUGGGCAACCUGACCUUCAACAUCUGGAACAAGAUGAAGGACAUGGUCUCCUACACUCCUCUGAUUCUGGACCCAAACACCGCUCAUCCAGGACUCAUCCUGUCUGAAGAUCUGACCAGCGUGAGACGAGACAAAACAAGACAGCAGCUUCCUGACAAUCCAGAGAGGUUUGAUUAUCACCGCUCUGUUCUGGGCUCUGAGGGCUUUAAGUCAGGGACUCACAGCUGGGAUGUCGAGGUUGGAAACAGUUCAGGAUGGAUACUGGGUGUGUUAGCAGAAUCUGUCCAGAGGAAGGGACAUAUGCCAUCUGGAUUAUGGGCAAUAGGGUUCUAUGAAGGUAAAUACUCAGCAGGAUCACUACCAGGUGCACUCAUUGAUCUCCGAGUGCACAAGAAGCCCCAGAGGAUCAGAGUGAAUCUGGACUGGAACAGAAGAAAGCUGUCAUUCUCUGAUCCUGAUACUAACACACACAUACACACCUUCACACACACUUUCACUGAGAGGCUGUUUCCAUACAUUACAACUGGGGAUGAAAUGAAGAUUGUACCACUUAAGGUCUGUGUGACAGUGGAAAAGAUUUAACCUGUUCCUCCUUUUGUGUCAUUUUUCCAAGGAUAUGUUUAUUUAAAAAUUAAUUCAGUGGCAGGUUGUGGCAGGCCAUCUGGCAUCUGGAGAUCAGGACUGGAGGCUGGCGUGUGAAGUUCAGAGCUGAAGUGCAGGACCAGUGUCCGGCAGCUGGGAGACAGGCAGAUGAGCAGUCUGAGCCAGGAAACAGGAGGCUGAAGAAGCACAGCCACAGGUGACUGGCACAACUUAGAAGGAACUGGUGAUUGCUGCUGCAACAUAAGAGGAACUAGUGACAGCUGCAGUUCAGGAACAGUGGAUUGCCAAAGCUCAGAGGCAGGAUAUAGCUGUAGUUAGGGCACUGAAGACUGCUGCAUCUUAGUAGGAACAGGUGUCGGCCGUGCUGCAGACUGGAAAGAAGGAGCAGGAGUCAAUUGGCCAGCCAACGAAGAGUUGGCUGGACCGCUGAUUGGGAACCAGAAAGGACUAGUGGCAGCUCGGUGCCGCUGGGCAGCUGGAUCUAUGUGGUGAUGGGCAGCUGAGACUUUGUGGCACUUGGCUGCUGAAACAGGGAUGCAGGCUGGAUGCUAUAGCAUGCUGGAAGUUAGUAGACUGGAAAAUUGUCGACUCAUUGCUGUGUUGGGACCACAGAGACUUUACAGAUUGGUGGUUCACAAGGUGUUCAUUUGUAUGACCAAACUGAACUUUUGUUAUGAAAUUGAGGCAUUGAACCCAGUCUCGCACAACCCCCAGGAAUUCCCAUGGGCCCAGAUUUUGGCAACCAUUUGUCAGUCAACAGACGGAGGGACUAGUUCCUCCAUCUACACAAUCGGAACAUGGGACAGCAAAAGACUAAAAUCAGAACCAUGAUUCUUCCCUGUGGCCCAUCCACAUUGGAAAGGCCAGCUCACAAGUAGCAAACCAAAGCAAUUUCCCUUCCUCUAUGGACUGGUAAAUUAACUUAAAGGUAGGGCUGAAUGAUUCAUUGUGUUUGCGAUGUAAUCGCGAUGAUUGUCGUGAUGAUUAUUGCGAUGAUUAUCGCGAUGUAAUAAAAAUAUUUUCUAAUCGCAAAGGCUGCGAUUGCACUUUGGUCACAAGACACCCAAGAGGAAAGCAGUCUGCGGACGAAGUUGAUGCUUCGUCUACAUGUUACGCUGUAACUUGCCUUCUUGUUGUAAAAUGGCCUGAAGCUUGACAGAAGCUGACACUACAUAAACUUUAGUGUCAAACAGGGAGUGAAAGUAGCAACCACGGGUAACUGGUGGUGGUGGGUGCAAUCGUCGGACAGGAAAAAUGCACAACAGAAAGACACGUGUAGUACGAUAAGCGUACUGUGGCGAUCGGCACCUGCGUCACACACAGCCACUAGUCAGCAGUUUCAAACCAAACGCACAAGUCUGAAAGAGGCCCAGUCUGUCCCGAGUUACAGUCUGGUUACAGCCAGUGCGCUGCUCACCAGCUUCAGAGGGUUCGGGGAAACUCCGGUGUUGUCGGAGAAUUAGACUAAGCUUGUCUAUUAAACACGAGAGGCGUCACUUGUUUUUUUUCGUUAGCCAACUUUUUUUUGUUUGCUUACUGGGAUACAGAAAGAUGGACACCAAGGAGAUUAGAACUGAGAUAAGGUCUCAUUAAUUGGUGGUUGAACUGUGGGUUUUUAUUUAGUGCUUACUGUAUAACACACUGUGGUUAGUUAGUUUUUCUUGUGGUCUGUAGGUAGGCUGACCUGAUGAUAUUAU